AUGUUCUGGAAAGUAAUAUUAGAUAAAAUAUUAGGAGUAAAUAUUCCAAAAACAGAAGUUAUUUCAGAAGAUCAUUCAAAUGUAAGAGAAGUUAUUCACGAUGUAGCCAAAGAUUGGCAAAAGGAAAUAUUAGAACAAACUACAUUUGUAAAAAAUUUUAUUCCACCAAUAACUAACAACAAUUUUGUGUUGAAACAAGUUGAAAGUGCAAAUACUGACGCAAAUGUGUCAAGUUCGCAAAAUGAAAAUCUAAACGGUGUAAAUAAGCUAGCCAACUUAAAUUUUAAACCAAACAAUAGUGAAUGUAACUGCAGUUUACUAAAUAAAAAUAGCGGCUGUACGUUGACAAGUGCUGUGAAGUUAUCGGACGCUGGUUGUGACCCUCUUAAUAUAAGUUAUAAUGAGAAACUUAAGUCGUACAAAUAUUGUUUAAAAAAAGUACAGGAACAAUUACAAAAACAAGUUAUUGAAGUAAAUGAGUUGAAAAAGGAGAAUGAUGCUCUUAAAUACAAACUUCAAGAAAUGCGCAAAAAGUCUUCACUUAAGACACUUUACGCUCCCACAGCUUUAAGUCCUGUUUGUGAUGUAAAUCAAGUGCUUAAACCUUUUGAAACCAGUUCUGAAGAAAACCUUAAUGCUGAUUCAACGAAAAAGACCAAUUCGGAAGUUAUAAUAACUUUAAAGAACUGUAAAAAUGAGGUGAAGUAUAUAUGGGAUAUAGGUAUAUGUAUGUACAAUAAAAAUUUACUGCUCUCUGCCGCUACUACCACAGCCUAG